AUGGGUGAGGUUUCUAAGAGAUCGCAUGUUAUUCUCAUCCAUGAAAUUGUAAAAUAUCAUAUUUCUAGAAUUACCCCUGAAACCAAUCACCUUUUAUCUGACAAUUACGAUCCUUCUUCUCAAGAUACACAUUCUUCUAUAAACGAAUCAUUAGAGGAUCAUGGCUACGAUCUAGGCUUGAAAAUAGUUUCAAGGCUCACUCUUUCCAUGGGUCCCAUCCACGACCCUAACAAAUGCAUGGUUUUUAUAUGUCGUCAACUCUGGACUUACUUAUUCGGCAAACAGGCCAAGAGACUCCAGUCUAAUAGCCAGGGUAUAUAUGUUGUUUUUUCCGAGGACCUCUACUGGAUGGAUAACCUAGAGUUCAACUACUCUACUCGUAACAACUCAACUGAAAAGCCUUCAAUUGAGACUUACAGACAGUUUUACUUGUCCUUUAUUUCCGGUGUUUUAAAGGGUUCUCUGAAAUCGCUCGGGUUCCCCUGUUCAGUUUUUGGAGAGGAUGAAAAUAUAUGUUAG